CUUCGGUUUACCUGCACAGUCAGUCCGCGCACGGUGUUCAACAAGUGUCCACAGCUCGUGACCUCCGGUUUCUAGUAACAGUGAGGAGUGCCUGAAAUACUGAAAAAUCCGAACGAGAUUGUGCGAUUUAUUUUUUGUUACUUUUUACAUACACACGUACAUUAUUAUUUUUUUGGUUUCUUUGGAUUUAAACGGAAAGCAAGAACCAGAAAAGAAUCGCCGCAGCAGCAACUGACCAGAAGAGGUGGUUUUUCGAGUUCGCCGAAGGGAGAAGCUCGCAGAAGCAAUACUCAGUGUAUGAUGAUAGAGUGCCUUUGGAUCUAAACGAAUUUACUAUCAGCAAACUAUCAAGAAAAUGGAUGCUGACAGCAGUUACGGUGGGAGCGAUACGGCUCAGGAUUCGACGUCCGGCAUUGAUAACAACUCUUCGAUCGAAACGAGCCACGAGAAUUCCCCACACGAGGAUCCGACUUCUCAAUCAGCGAAAACCGGAGAUAAUCAGUUUUAUCAUAAAAACGAAAUUACUCUGCCGGUGAACUACGAUGAGAAGCCGGAGAAGAGUCCGAAACUGCCUCAUUACAAGUCGACGGCGAACCUGAACAUAAACGAAAGCCUCGAAAACCAUAGUAAUUUAGAGGAGCUCAACAAGAAGUACAACAGUACCAGUUUCUUGAACGCGACUACACCUAAGACUACCAAGAAAUUAGGUGUAGAUAAUCCGGCUUUCCACCAAGACGAGGAGAAGCACCCGAACGGCGAUUUGAACAACGCCACCAAUUUUACAUCACCGACCAAAGGCGACGACCAAAUGGCUGAAGCUGUUAACCUGGAGUUGAUCAAUCUGAAACCGAGCAAUGGGAAGGACGUCACCGGACCGUACGAGAACGGUGUUAAUAGUAUACCAGUGAAAAAGGAGACGGAUGUUGAAAUAGGAAAUCCCUACGACGAGUACUUCGUCCCGGUCAACGAGCAUCGAAAGUACAUGAGUUCCACCAGAAAGGGUAGAAAUAGCGUGACAUUCGCCGAGUCAGUCGCAACAGCUGGAAUUGACGACUUCGGUUUGUCAGUGACGAAUCCAGAGCGCGGAAUUUUAGAAUACCCCGCAUGGUUAACAGCUUUAGAAAGGACACGAGGAGAGAAGCUGUACAUUACGAUGGACAAAAGAAACAAAAAGAAGAGGAACAAGUGCCUCUGCUGGGGAAUCUGCUUGUCCAUCGUUGCGGCUUUAGUCGUUGUUGGAAUCUUAGUUGCUACUGGAAUGAUUGGUAGCAACGAUGCCCAACCUAUUACCGAAAUCAGUGCACGACAAUUUAGCGACUCAACGAAACCGAUCAAAUCAGCUGGAGGAUUAUUUGGAGUUGGAGAUGAUGAAAAACCAUAUACACCAGGACCCUCUAGCAGCACUUUACCAACGAACAUAGCGACAGACACGACCAUGAUACAAGUUCCAAGGGCAUUAGAAGGACAACUUGUUAUAGAUAAUCUUCAGUUCCAACCUGAACUUGCUUAUGCGAAUAGCUCUGAAUUCAGAGAAAUGGCUGCAAUUUUAGAAAAUCAAAUUAAAAAUAGUCUUUUUCCAAGAGAUUCCGAUUCUUCCAACAUUGAAGUAAAAGUUUUAGAAUUUAUGCCUGGCAGCAUUGUUGUGAGGUACAGAAUUGGAUGGACUUUUAACGAAGAUGGACAAAACAAUAGAGACCCAAUUGAUCCAAAGAGUUUGAAGAACAAAUUUACACAAAUGCUGUUUAAAAAUUCCGGUUUCAUGGAUAAGUACAGGAUAGCGGAAAAGACUAUUGUUGCAGAUAAAAUAAUUGAUAUGUGCAAAAUCGAUAAUAACGGAUGCGAGAACUCAUGCAUGUUCGAUUACAACAGAAUGGACUUUGUUUGUGGAUGUCCAGAGGGCCAUAAUUUAGAUAUUGAUGGAAAGAAAUGCGUGCAAAUGGUGGAAACCCAUGAUCACUAUGAUCAUGAUGAACAUCACAAUCAUCAUCACGACCACAAUCAUCAUCAUAUGCAUGAAGUUGUAACAACUCAAGAACCAAUGGAAGAAGAUGUUACCGAUGUCGAUUUUACUGCCCAUCUGCAUGAAAUUCAUUCACACCCGGAACCAUCCACUGAAGAACCCGAACCUGAACCAAAAUCUGAGCCUGAGCCGGAACCAACUUCUGAACCGGAACCUAAAUCUGAACCUGAACCAGAACCCAAAUCUGAACCUGAGAACAACCUGAACCAGAACCUAAAUCUGAACCUGAACCAGAACCCAAAUCUGAGCCUAGAACCAGAACCUACAUCUGAACCUGAACCAGAACCUAAAUCUGAACCUGAACCAGAACCCAAAUCUGAACCUGAACCAGAACCUACAUCUGAACCUGAAUCAGAACCCAAAUCUGAGCCAGAACCAGAACCUACCUCUGAACCUGAACCAGAAGCUACAUCUGAACCAGAACCUAAAUCAGAACCUGAACCUGAGCCCAAAUCUGAGCCAGAACCUGGAGUAAUUGUUGAAGAAGAAUCUACUCCGGAACCGGAACCUCAAUCGAAUCAAGAACAAGACUUCGUCCACAAAGAAAACUUGGAAUCUGAGCAUCAUCUUUAUGUAGAAAAAGAAUAUACGACAGAACCGGAACCUGAACCUGAAUCAACACCAGAACCAGAACCGGAAUCAACUCAUGAACCAAAAUCCGAACCGGAACCAGAACCAGAGUCAGCAACUGAACAUAUACCUAUUUCCGAACCAGAACCUGAAACUACCACUGAACCAAAAUCAGAACCCAUGCCCGAAUCAGUAUUAACCCAUGAACACGUAUAUGGAUUGGAAAAACAACUGGAGAUUAGUACAGAACCUGAUUCUACGGCGGAACCUGAGCCAACUCCCGAACCUAAAUCUGAACCAGAACCAGAAUCCAAUCAUUUAAAUGAAGCAGAAAUUACUGCAGAAGCUGAACCAACACCAGAACCCAAUGCAGAACCACAACCAGAACAAAAGAAUGAAACUGAACCAACGCCAGAACCAAAUUCUCACUCAGAAUUAAACAAACAUGCAUCCAUUGUAGAAUUACCAACAACUACAGAGCACAUAACUACAAUGAUACCUCAUUCUGAUGAACAAGAAGUAGUACCAACUGCUGAACCGGAACCAAUCUCGGAACCCACCUCCGUACCAGAACCGACCUCCGAACCAGAACCAACCUCUGAACCAGAACCAACACCGGAGCCGAGCCUGGAAGUAGUGCCAAAGACUGAACAAAUUCUCAUUGCAGAGCCGAAACAUGAAUCAACUGAAGAACCAAAACCAGAACAAAUGAUGACAACUAUGGAACCAGAAUCAGAACCAGUGCCAACUGCUGAACCAAAACCAGAACCAGAACUUAACAUAAACAUUGAAAAUUCUACUGAAUUGAAGAUCGUAAACAAUAUUAUAGUGCAUCCAGAAACGACGCCAACAUCCAACAUGAAAAACGAAGAUGAAAAGCAUCAAACUACAAUUAAUACAAUUUCUCAUGAAAAUAUAGUUUUCGAGACUACCACCAUGCAACAUGAUCAAUCUCCAAGGCAAAGUAAAUUAAACGAUGACUCAGAAGAUCUUGAAAUUGUAACUGAAAAAGAUAUUAAGGACAUGUCAAAUAUUGUUCCUCUGGAACAUCAUAAAGAAACCAAUGAAAUAGAAACUACAAUUCGCUCUGAUGAAGAUUCAACAACAGAUAGCACAACUGAAAUUAAACCUAAAUCAUCUGAAAUGGAAGCAAGUACGGAUAAUAAAAUUGAAAUGACCACAACUAUGAAUAUUGAAACCACGCCAAUGCCUGAAGUUAAUUCAAAUUUGGAACAUGAAUUGAAUGUAAUUAACAAAAUUUCAACAACGGAGAAAGAUUUUGUUGUAACUACAUUUUUCCCAGAAACGACAAAUGCAAUUAAUAGCGAAGAACACGUAGAUUCAGACAAUAAGCUUAUUUCUGUAGAACAAACUGAAACAACUAUUAUUCCAGAAAUCAUGGACCAUCCUGAAACUACAAUAAUACCUUCCACAGAGAAAACUAUUGUUACAACAACUAUGGGAAAGUCUGUAGAACAUGUGGAGACUACAAUGAUUCCAAUUAUGAAAAUGCAUAAUGAAUCGGUUAUGGUCAAGUCUGAGAAUGAUUCAGAAAUAAUUAUAAAAACUGAAGAAAUUGUGAUUACUACUUCGAUGCCAAUUAUGGAAGAACAUGUAGAAACUACAGAUUCAAUGCAAACAGAAACUGUUAUGCCAAAAACUGAAGUCGUUUUGGAAACAACUAUGAUGCCUGUAAUCUUAGAAAAUAAUGAGCAAAAUGGAAUUACUGUAGAAAAUGAAACUUCGUCUCUUAUAGAAUCGUCAACGAAUUCUGAUAAUUUUGUGAAUGUAAUGACUAUGACUACUCAGGAUUCUGUAGUCGAAAAUGUAGAUAAUACCAAUAUCGAAAUGAAACCAACAACGAUUGAACCAGUAACAGUUACUGAAUUUUUACAUAAAAUACCUGUCAUCGUAAGUGAAGAACACGAUCAUAUCGAUACGGAACAAUACAAUGAAGUAUCACACACUGCAAAUAGUUUCGAAGUAACUACAAAAAUGCCAAAAGAUGAUGCCACUGAAAUGAUUAAUGAAACAUCGACAGAAUCUAAACUUAACAUAACAGAAUCUCAUCAACAAUUGCUGUUGACUGAACCCACUGAAAACACCAAUCAUUUAGAAAUUAUGUCCCCGUUCUUACCAGAAAUUGAAAACGAUACUUUGGUCAAUAUUCUGCACACCGGUGAAUCUUACCACGAACAUAAAGAGGAAAAUCACGAUGAAAUUGUUACAAGGUCUCCAAGAUUAGAUGACGAUCAAAUGAAUACCACAAAUCCACUCGACACACAAUCAAUGGAUUCUGUUAUUACAAUGAAAACGGAUAUGCAUUUAGAAACGACACUGAAACCAAAUGAUUCUGACGUAGGUAAUACUUUACAACCAAAGGAAAUUAUGGUCGCAAAAUCAGAAGAUUCCACUCUAAGCCCAGAUAUAUUGAACAAUGUACAUAGUAACAGUUUCUUUGGAGAUUUAGACCGAAAACCAAUUAUCGAAGAGGUUAUUUCAACAACCAAUAAAAAUCAAUUUAAAGAAGUUUUCUCUAGCACCGAAGAUUUAAUUGCCAUGGAAACAACAACUUAUGGGAUUAAGGAGCAACCGAAAGUUGAAAUUAACGAUUUUGAGGAAGGUGCAAAAAUAAACGCUGAAAUUAUACAUACUGUGACUGAAACUGUAAAUGUAGUAAACGAAGAGGCUAAGAUUGAACAAUCAACUAAAUCGCAUCAAUAUGAAGUAUUUGAGGUUGCGUCGGAGCCUUCGACUGAAGCAACUCUACUGCUCAAGAAAGUAACCCAAAGUACUAUAGAAUCUACGAGUGUGCCUGAAGAAUUAUUGCAAGAUAAAUUGCUGAUCGAUGAUAAAGAUGAAUCCUACUUAUCCGUAAUUCCUCUACCUGCAAAAGAAGAAGAACCUUCCAAGAUGGAUAAGAAGAGACACGACGAUGAUUUUAACAAAUUGGAGAGGACGGAAUCUUUAAACGAUAUAACCAGAGAUCUUCAGAUUGAAGAAAAAAUCAAUCACGGAGAAAAUGAAUUGAAGACUGUAGCAUCGACCGAAGCGUUACCAGUUAGUGAAGAAACCACAGACGAAAUUAAUACAAAGAUUAAUUAUGAUAAAGCUAAUAAGAAGUCGACGUUCCCAGAUAAAAAGAAGAAUAAGGUUGAAAAAUUUGAUGCUGUCAAACCUGUGACUGAAGGAUUUAGUUUAGGAGGAUUUUCGAGAUGCGCAACCGGACAAUUCCAAUGUAUCAACGGAACAUCACUGAAGGAUGGUAGCUAUUGUAUCCCAAGAAACGAUCGUUGCGAUUCUGUUGAUGACUGUUCAGAUGCUUCAGAUGAAGAAGGAUGUAUUGCUGAAGGAUGCCCAGAUAAUUUUCAAUGUACAAGCGGUCAAUGUUUGAAACGCGAUUUAGUCUGUGACGGUAUACUUAAUUGCAACGAUGGAAGCGAUGAAAUGAAUUGCGACUCAUGGAAAUGCAGCUUCGAUGAAUUCUCGUGCGAGGAUUCUCAAAGGUGUAUUCCGUUGUCCUGGAAAUGCGAUGGGAAAGCCCAGUGUCCAGGUGGUAGCGAUGAAAAGAACUGUCAUCAGCAAGAAUGUGGAAAUGACGAGUUUCAUUGCAUCGAACAGAACACCUGCAUUCCAGCCACAUGGAGAUGCGACGGUAAAGCUGACUGUGGUAACGACGAAGACGAAAAACUCUGUGAGUGCGGAAUUGAUCAAUUCAAAUGCUCAAUGGGCGGUGGAUGUAUUCAAUUAGAUCAAAGGUGUGAUGGCAUCGAACAGUGUGCCGAUAAUUCUGAUGAAUGGAAUUGCAUGAGAACCGAAAAUUUGCAGACAUUAUCCAACACGCAUAAUUUAGAGAUUUUCACUUCAAACAAAACUUGGUAUCCAGUUUGCAGUGAUAACUGGAAUAACACUUACUCCAACAUGGUUUGUCAAAAUUUGGGUUUCGCUGCUUCCACGCAUACAGAAUUUAUUCCGUCCACCGAUUCAGAAAAAUACUAUAAACUGAAAGAAUCUCCGGCAUUCGGAGCUAGUAUCAUCAAGCAACUUGAUAUUGUUUCAGACAAGUGCGAAAGCUUAGUUUCUAUAACUUGUCAGGAAUUCACUUGCGGAAGUCAUUCGACUUUGGACAUUCAAUCGGCCAGGAUUAUCGGAGGAAGUAGUUCCACUACAUCCCAAUGGACCAGUGUUGCACUCCUCUACAACAAGAAAUACAACAUCAAGUGUACUGCAAGUAUUAUUGCAACAAAAUGGGUCAUUGCUAGUUACUCUUGCAUUGCCAAUAUUAAACCACAUACCACGAGCACCAAUCCAGGAGAUUGGACUUUGUAUGCAGGUGGCACCAAAUUCUUCAAUAAUGCCGGAAAUAGCACGACUCAAGCUAGAAAUAUCAAGAGGAUCAUUUCUCAUCCACAGGCUAAAUAUGCACAAUUUGAAUACAUCAACGACGCCGUUUUGGCAGAGCUCACUGAACCUCUGAUUCCUGGUAGAAACGUCAGCGCUAUUUGCCUUCCAGAUCAAGGAAUUGAAGAUAGACAGCUAUGCGUGACUGCAGGCUGGGGAGUUAAUAAACCAGGAGAGCCUAAUGUGCAACGGUACCUCAACUACUUGCCAGUUCCUACCAUAGAAAUGUCUGAAUGCAACUCAACCAAACAUUACAAUGGGCAUCUUACGAAGGAUAAAAUUUGCGCCGGAUACACUAGCUCAGAGAAAACUCCAUGUUAUAAUGACGAAGGAUCACCACUGAUGUGUUUCUCUGAACCUACAAGCAGCUGGGAGCUGCAAGGUAUUCUGAGCCAUCACGGAAACUGCGGCAGGAGCCGUCACCCAUCGAUUUACACCUCGAUAAAUACUGAUAUCAGGCGAUGGAUCCUGAAUACAAUAGGUGGCGAAAUAAUUCGACGUAACAGCGCGUAAUCUAGAGAUAAGUUAUGUAAAAAAAAGUAUUUGGUAUGUUGCGCUUAAUCCUAGAUAGUAUAGGGCUAAAAAAAAA